GAGUCUUCUCGGCUCCUCUCCUCCCUGUUUUCCAACAAUGCUGCAGACUGAUUCCUCUUCAUCUCGAUUCAGACUAGAUGCCUCCCUCCCUUCUUUCUCCUCUCCUCACUGUCGAGCAUUUCUCCGGCGGAUUAUCUGAAACAAACCGGCCAACAACGCCAGGCCUCAUGAAGAUCCAGCCUCCAAAUUAGCCAUGGUAUGUGAGAUUCUGAAUUCCAGCAUACUUGAGAAACACAUGGAAAUGGGCCCCUGUUGUGCCACUAAGACUCUCUGAUGGGUAGACACACUUUUUCCAUAACUGAUAACAUGGAUGAGUGACUAUUUAAAGCCUCUUGAGGGUGCCAUAAACUCAGAUCUGUUUCUGCAAUGUGUGAGCGAGGAGAGCCCUUUGGCAGUGGGGAGUUAAGGAAUAACAACCAGCAGGAUGGCAUACGGGCUGCUGGUGAUGCAAAUGCCAACGAUAUUCAGACAGAAGAAGGAGGGAGAACUGGCGAUACUCAUUCUCUGCCAGGACUGAUGACUGAGACAGCAGAGCAGGACAAAGUCAUCAUCUGGGGGACAGAUUCUCAAUGUGACGACCCUGAGCUGGCUGAGUUUGAGAUGCUGGAGUGUCAGGAGCUGGAGGCUUAUCUGGUUGAGGAGGAGGAUGACUUUGUUGGACUUGCAGAGCGGAAGGAGCUUCAAGAACAGCCCUCAUCAUGCAGAAAAGCCACAGCAGAGCAGGCAGCAGAUGAUAAGCGGCAGGAAGAAGGGAAGUCAAUUCUGCCUGUUGCUAGUGGCCAGGAACCAGCUGCCUCCCAUGUCUCUGAGAGUAGAGAGGCUUCCAGGACAGAGUUGAGUUCUGAAACUGAUGUCUUUGUGACUUGUCUUUCCACCAUUUCAAGCAUUGCCACUGCUACACAGAUGACGGACUCCUGGAACAUUGCCUCGGCCGUCUCAGAGGACCUGACUCUGGCCUCUCAAGCUUGCAGCACCAUCUCUGAGAGAGCCAGGGCCUCUCAAACAACUGAUCAUACCUCUCCUUUUGCUGGAAAAAGCACAAUACACCAGAAAGAUUUGGACAAGAAUUUGAAUUCAACAUUUUCCUCAGAGGAUGUUCCAUCACAGGAACCACUGAACAAUGGAGUCUUAUUCAAGGAUGCCAGCGAUGAGCACAAAAAGAACAAUAACCUAAGGAAUGAAGCUGGUAAUACAAUUUCAGAGGAAGAUUGUGAUUAUACUGAGCAUGAUGCUUCAUCUUCUGCAACAAAAUUUCUUGAAGAAAGCAACAUUAAAAUGGAUAAAAGCACACAAGCUGAUGAAAGUCAUGAUUUGAUCAGACCAGCCAAAACAGGUACAAAAGGGACUCAGUCAUUGAUUGAAUGCAAAGCCAUAAAGAAACAAGGCUCGUUUGAUAACACACUGAAGAAACAAAACUCUUUUGACAAGAGUAUCAAAAGGCAGCCUUCCUUUAACAAUACUUUAAAGAAGCAGCACUCUUUUGAUAACACCUUAAAAAAGCAAGGCUCCUUUGAAAACACAGUCACCUCCAGCUCCUCAAGUCUGGAGAGGAGGAAGCCCUGGGGAAGCCCUGGUCGACCUGCAACACCUACAUCUCCCAAAACUACCUCCUGUUCCCCCAAGAAACAACCGAGUGGUUCUCCAGCCAAAGUCCAGAGUACUAGAGCGCUGAGCCUGGAGCGUGGUGAAUCCCUUAGAGGUGUAAGUCCAGCUUUCAAACCUCCUGGUAAGACUAGUUUGUGCAGUGGCAUUCCCAAACCUGUUAUGCCUCAACAGAAAGAGAUUGAACCCAGGAGAUCUUCGCCCCCUCAGAAGCCCAAAAAUGUCCGACCAAAAAUCAUCACUUAUGUUCGGAAGAAUACGCAAGCAAAACAAGACGCUGAUGUCCAGCAGGAAGUCUCUACACACCCGCCGAGAUUAUCCUCUUACUCCCGUCCACCAGCUCACAAAGAUUCAAAAGCUGUUCCUCAGUCUAAAUCCACACCAGUCCUCUGUUCCUCCAAUCUGCUGUUCGACAAAUAUCGUCAGGAGAUGCAGAAGGCAGGCUACUACCCUUCAGGCGCUGCUGUAACAGGAGGGAAACCACCAAUCAACACUGUCCCUCAAAGGUUGGGAGGGAGGUCGGAGAGCUUUCAUGAUGAGAUGUCCAAGAAAUAUCUCCAAGAGCAUGCCUCCCAGGAAGGGGGGGGUGUUUAUCGCUCUCCCAGAGCCCUGAGGCCUCAGCUGGGGUUAGGGGCAGUCACAAUGCAGCCUGCAGCCAAGACGAGGGCCCUGCAGACGGGUCAAAAGUCAGCUCCAACCUCAUGUCAGUCAGCUCAGGCAACCAGGGUGUCCACAGCAGGCUACCAGGAUCUCACAGGUGUAGGAGAGCAGAAUAGGUCAAAUCAAGAAAUCACCCCCAAAAGCCUCCUGCUUAAAUCGGGCCAGUCGGGUCUCCGUCCUCCAGGCUUCUCCACCCUUCCAGCUGCCCGACUGGCUGCCUUGGGUUUUGUUCGCAGCUCCAGCGUUUCAUCAGUGUCCAGCAACCGGUCAAAUGAGAGCAGCCACAGCGAUCCGUGCCGACCCUCUCAGCCUCCCAGCUGUGGCAGUGAUGAGACACUUUUGCAUAAAGCCAGUGAAACCGUCCAUGCUUGGAGUCGACCUCAACCUCCUAACGCCCCGAGCCUGCAGCGCCGCAGUCUGCCGCCACAGCACUGGUCCCCACACGCCUUGAGGAGAGAGUUGCAGAAGGACACAGAGGCUGUGCUGUUGCCAAAAUCCUCCCCUAAAAGAUUUGCAGUGAUUUCACCUAAACCCCAAUCCCCGGCACGUGGGCAGACAACAGCAGUUCAUGGUGCUAUUCGCACUGUGAGGGCACAGGAGCUGGACCGGGCUCUGAUCCAGCAGCUGCAGGAGCGAUGUGAGCAGCAGGACCUGCAGCUGCAGAGCCUUCAGGCUCAGUUAAAGAAAGCCACCCUGUGCCUGGAUGUUUUCAGCAUCACUACUCAGCACUUUUGUACUAAGAGUGAGAGUGCCAUUGUGAAGGAGCGGGAGUUGUCCCUGGAGCUCGCCAGAAUCAGGGAUGAAGUGGCUUCCAGUGUUGCACACUGGGAGCAGCUGCAGCAGGAGAAGGAGGACCUGGAGCGUCGUUUUGAGGCUGAGCUGCAGGGACUGCAGGCUCAGCAGCAGAGGGAGCUGGGAGCGUUGGAGGAGCGGCUAAAGGCUCAGCACGUGGACGAGACUGAGAACCUGCAGGCGGUACAACGAGCUGAGCUGGAGGAGCUGAGGUUCAAACAGCAAGAGCAGCUUGAAGAGAUGACUGAGAACCAUGAGGCAUCCUUGAUGGAGAUGGAGACAGCGCACAGUGACACACUGGUCACUCUGCAGGAGGAGCACGCCAGGACUGUAAAAAACCUGAAAAUGGCCCAUGAACAGCAGAAGAAGUCUCUGGAAGAAGAGUUUGAAAGGAUCCGACUUUCAUUACAGGAUCAGGUGGACACACUUACCUUUCAGAAUCGAAGCCUCAGAGACAGAGCGAAACGGUUUGAAGAAGCUCUUCGUAAGAGCACAGAUGAGCAGAUAGUGGAUGCUCUGGCUCCAUAUAAACACAUCGAAGAGGAUUUAAAGAGCCUGAAAGAAGUUCUGGAGAUGAAAAAUCAACAAAUCCAUCAACAGGAGCUAAAGAUUUCAGAACUGGAGAAAAUAGCUGAAAAGAAUGUGUACCUGGAAGAGAAACUGCAGGUGUUACAGCAGCAGAACGAAGACCUGAAAGAGAGAAUAGACAAGAAUCUGGCUGUGUCCAGGCAACUCUCUGAAGAGAAUGCCAACCUGCAGGUGCACGUGGAAAAGGAAAGCAAUGAGAAGAAGCGGCUGAGUCGCACUAAUGAAGAACUGCUGUGGCGCCUCCAGACAGGCGAGCUGAGCCCUCGAAUGUCCCCCAGCUCCUCCCCCAUCCAUCGACCCUCCUCCGGAUCAGGCUCCCCUGCCCGCCCACACUCCUACCAUCAAUGACACGUUGGGAGGAAGUUCUUCUAUCAGACGCUUUCUUCUAUCAGUGUUAGAAUCUUUUUUCAAUUGAUACAUAGACACAAAAUUUUACUCACCUUUGUGAUGCAAUUUCAGCAUUUAACAACAGGAAUUUUACUCUCUGAUAUGAUCAGUUGUAACGAUGACCCCACCUCUUAAAUCCAAGAGGAUAUCCUCAGCUUUUUUCUAUUCCACGUGAACGCCCCAGAAAACAGAUGCACUGCAGUUCCAGUCAAUGACGUGGUUCAUUGUAGAUUCAGAGCGCAAAGUCAAAGUCAUAGUGCCUCAUUUCCAGGUAGUCGCCUCCAUCUUCAUCUCCAUCUUCCCAUCCAGCACUCAGGAUGAUGGAUGAACAUAGCAAACAAACACAAUAAGCGCCUUCUGCUGUCCAUUCUCUCCCACCAGCAACGUCUACCAGGGCACAGGCAAUACGUUGAGGAAAAUCAUCAAACUACCUACAAUCAAUUGCUCUCAAACUGUGGCUUCAUAUCUGGGGCACGUUAACCUUUUCUCAAUGAAAUAUUUCAAGUAUCAGGAGUGUAUGAAUGAAUGCCAAGGCAUUUAACCUCAGUCAUCCAUCCUGCUAUCUUCAUAAACAGCUUGCUAUUGACAUGACUGAUCUAAGACCUCUGAACUGCCAACACGGUGCAACUAAAUUACUGACUGCAGUCUGCAACAUCUGUACAUGCAUUGCUCUCUUUGAAGCAUGAUUUGUCUUCCAGUUAGAACAAACUUUAGGUUUAUUUACUGGUGUUGUGAUCAGGAGUAGAAGGGCAAAGAGACAAAACAAGUGAAUUCUUAUUUCUAUUAAAAUUUUAAGAGUUGUGACCCUUACCUUUAGUUGGGUUAAAUAAAUGUAAUCCUACAAAACCAACCACCAAAGAGGGAAUCAACUGCAGCACUUCAUUAUGUACUAUAUCAGUUUUAUGUUUGGAGUUAAUUGCUGCAGAAUCAGCCAUAAAAGCUGCAGACAAGGUCAAAUUUCUAAGACUUUUGUUGCAUUUUAAUAUGCACAGUAAGAGUUCCUAUUCUGGGCUUUUUUUUCCAGCUCCUUGGAAUUAUCUCUCAUUUCUGUGUUGUAAAAUAUUUAUUUUUAUUUUCAACACAGAAAAAUAUAGAAUUCUAAAGGCUCACAAACCUGGAGGUUGACUUUUGGCAACAUGUACUGAAUUAUUUAAUCAAAGCAGGCAUGGAAAUCCGAAUGCAACAUUACCUCAUUUCUCAUUGUAUGGAUUAAUCUCAGGAUUUAAGAAGCAUUAUGAGUCAACAAAGGGAAGCAACUGCCAUAAUUUUGAUUUUGUAUUAUUUUUUUGCCAUGUUUAAAUACAGAACCCAGUCAUCUCACAGGUCUGUUUUGCUAUAUAUCCUUUGUAUACAGCCAUUUGGAUAUUAGCAGUAAGUGCAGAUAUUUUAAAGAGUACAAUGUAUAACAAUAAAUUAAAAUGAUGUUUUAAGGAAUAAU